AUAUUCGAGUUCACCGAUGAGCACUGGUCAACCUAACACACAUUGAUGAGUAGACCACAGAACGUCUUGACUGUUCUCUUACUAAAGAGCAAUGGAGGUAACAUUCCUUAUCCUAUGUCUGAACAUCCUGGUAUUUUCCAACAGUGAAAACCCUGUCACUGGCAGAGGAUACAACAUUCUGUUUGGUAACCCUGAUGGAGUAAAUCCCAUAUCAGGUGGGAAAGAUCCCGGCAUACUCCAGCGUCAAAUACUGAACUCAAAUAUCUACACGACAGAUUCACACUUUAACAUUGCAAAUUCGAAUGACUCCAAUAACUUGGGCAAUACUUCAGAUACAUGUGAAAAGAUCGACACAGUUGAGUGGUUUUACGGAGAAAAGUCAUACCAAGAUAAACUUUUAAAAUCGUUUCAAAUCUCAGGUGACGGUAACUUCAAAAUUCAAAGACUGGCCUUCACUUCAAGUCCACAGUUUGUUCACCACAAGUACUAUACAUUUCCAAGUCAUCAGGUUGUACAGGAAUUUCACGAAACUUGUUUACAUGAGGGUACAAAGUCUCUCUAUGGGGAGAAUACUUGGCAAAACAGGAAUCCUUCAGUCACAGACGAAUUUGCUGCUGCUGUUUGUGGUCUUAGUUCUGUGUAUGAUGCACAAGAAUAUCGAAAGUUCUUAGAAACAUGGGGAACACAUGUUAUAUUUGCUGCUGAGGCUGGCAAGAAGAAAAUAAAAAGAUAUAAGAAGAUCGAUGUGGAAUAUUUUGAUUAUGUGGAAAACAAGGUGCCAGAAGCUAUAUUGCCUUAUUUAAACAAGGAUGCUAGAACAAUUGACUUCCGAGUUUUUGCUUCAAGUCCAUACUUUCAAACACGGUAUGGAGAUUAUAUGAAAACUCUUCAUGUAGGAAAUGACGAAGAACUAGAACCUGUGUUUCUAAAGCUUAUAAGUAUAGACAUGAUGUUUCAAAAACAGUUUUGGAAUUUACUUAACAGAUUCAUUGCGCAAAGUACUUGUAACGAUAAUACUAGUGUACAGACCAUUGCGGACAAGAAGAACUUGGUGAUACAAGCUUUGAACGAAUAUAACAAUAAUGCAUCGAUUCCACAAGACAAAAAUAUAGUGGUUCCUACUAUCUGGCCAAAAGGAACCUAUGCUUUAGUUAAAGUCCAACCAGAAACAUACGGAAGCACAGUUUGUCCAUCAGGAGUGCGAUGGGAUAGUGGUACGGUCAAUUGGUGUACGGAAGACCAGAAAAAUGACUGGUCCCAAAGUCAACACUUUGCAGAUUUACAGUCAAAUUCCACUUAUCGCAGAUCCAUGUCAACAGGAUAUAUUCAACUCAGUUUUUGUGUAAAGCGCGAGGAAGCACCAAAUAGGGAAGUAAAAGAUUGGCCAAAAGGGGAUUACUGUAUCCCUCAAUACAGUGCUUGUCCCAAAGGUUUUUCGUCUGGAUAUAUACGAUGGGACACAAAGGAUAACAGAUACAGCAGACGUAAUCACGCGUCUGGACAUUACCCAAGCGGAUCCUACACUACUGAUAUAACGAUGAACUUCUGUUGCAGAAAUGACAGCGAUCCUUCGAGACCUAUCACCUUACCACGUGACAAACCAUUCUAUCUUGUACGGAACAACGGCUCCAAACAGUGUCAGCAAGUAAAUGGAAUGACAUCUAAAGAAGAAUAUAUAACAUGGGAUAAUGAAAACAAUUCACAAUUGUAUAAGAAUAAUAAGAUUACAAGUGAUAUCCACCCAUUGAUGAAUGUUACUAGGGAUUUUGAUAUAACCAUGUAUUUUUGUUAUUAUCACAAAUAAAAUGAUAAAUUUGCAGCUUUUGUGGUGUGUUCUUGAAAUAAAGUGUAAAGACUUGUAAAAUUUA